GCACCCGCUGUAACGAUGAUCCGUCCGUUCGGUAAAGUAUUAACCACGUCCGGUAAGGCUUCGGCCUCAUCCAAGGGGAGCCUGUACCAGUUACAGAAGCUGCCGUACAAUCCCGCAACUCCCAGGCGACCGAGGUCCACGUUGGAGUUGGUUUGGGAAACGCUGAAGCGAUCAUUCUAUUUUUUGGUGUUCUUGUUCAAGAGCAUUCCCAUCUGGAUCCAGGUGAUCUGGGACUGGUUGAAUCCAGCUCCUCCGAAAAGCAUCGCUGGUUGGAACGCCCUGGUUACGGGAGGAUCGAACGGAUUAGGACGCGCUGUGUCUUUGGAGCUGGCCAAGUUCGGAUGCAACGUAAUCAUAGCGGACGUCGAUGUCCAAAAUGGUGAAAAGCUGGUCCAGGAGUUGCUCAAGUUCCGCGUUAGGGCAGCAUUCUACAAAGUGGACGUAGCAGAGUACGAUGCGAUCGUAGAUCUUGGACGGAAGAUCGAGCGAGACUUUGGCCAUGUGGACAUCCUGGUCAACAAUGCGGGAUUGAUUCCUUUCCUGGUGCCUGACGAGUACAGCCCGGAGAAUAUCCGAAGAAUGAUGAACGUGAACUUGAUCAGCCACUUCUGGACCAUUAAUGUGUUCUUACCGGGAAUGUAUCGUCGACGCCGUGGGCACAUUGUGGGUCUUUCUUCGAGAACAGCUUACAUCCCGACGGGGUAUUUGCGGAACUAUUUGACGACCAAGUACGGCAUUCGUGGAUUCAUGGAGGAACUUCAUGACGAAAUCUACCAUGCUGGGUUCGAGGGGCAGGUCAUUACUACUAGCGUGUUUCCGGCGAUCAUCAACACUCGGAAGGAGUCGAUGGAUCAUUUCCGAACACUGCCAGGCUACGACCAAAUGGAAUUUCCGCAGCCGGAAGUCGCAGGGAGAGAUAUCGUUCGUGGAAUACGAACCAAUCGGCGCAAACUUUUUGUCCCUGAUAGAAUAGGAACGUGGCAGUUGGCACUGUUUGAGGAUUUGCCGCGAAAGAUCACCCGGCUCUUUUACCGAGAGUUGUUUAAGGGUUGAAUCGAUCCGAUUAGGUCAACCGAAUGCAUAUCCAACGUUCUGUACUACCUUGUGGAGAUCAAGCUAGUGUGAGAAUUUAGCAAAAAAGUUAUUUUAAGGUCAAUCAUUGAAAUCUGAAUCGAAAUCUUUCAAGAGGAAUUUGUGAGUGUGAAAUUAAUCCAAAUCUUCUUUU